CCGGGCAUUGGACAGCCGCGAGGAACGAGGUUCUACCUAUACCUCCCUUCUGAGAACAUGAAACACACACUUCUUUUUCCCCUCACCCAUCUUGUUGUUGUUGUUUUUGUUGACUUUGGGUGGGUCUCGGCAGUCACGUGACACUGUAAGGAUCCUUCUUUCCUGCAUAGUCAGCACUUAUAGAACAGGAAACUCGUUUAUAUCGGACGGGUUCGUGUGUCCUCCCGAAUGAACCGCGGGUGUGGGUACGUUCCGUGCCGUACGGGGUGAGGCAGGGGGGUGGCUAAGGGAGAAGGCGGCGUUUUGACGCGAAGGCAACCAUUUGGCGAGAUGAGUUGUCCUCUUUUGACGAGCGCUAAUCACUCGCCAUGAAGAGCUACCCGGAGACCGUCGCCUUUCUGGGGCAGUUCGGACGCUUCCAGCAGGUCGUUUUCUUCCUGCUGUGCAUCAGCAUCGUGCCAAACGGCUUCGGCGCCUUUACUCUCAUCUUCCUGGCCGACACACCGGUGCAUCAUUGCCGGGUGCCCGAUGUCAAUCUGACAGAGGACUGGCGUAAUGCCGUCAUCCCGGUCCAGGUAGUGAAUGGCAAAGAGGUGCGCAGCAGCUGCACCAGAUACCGCUUAGAUGUGGUCCGCAACCUGUCGGACCAGGGCUACAUUUUGGGCCGGGAUGUGAACCUCACCUCCCUGGAGGAGGAGACAUGCAAGGAUGGCUGGAUUUACAGCAAGGACAUCUACCAGUCCACCAUAAUCACUGAGUUUGACCUGGUGUGCAACGACCAAUGGAAGAAACCAUUCACCACCACCAUUUUCUUCGUGGGUAUCCUGUGCGGCUCCUUCUUCGCGGGGCAGCUCUCAGACAAAUUAGGCAGGAAACCCAUCCUUUUCGCCACUUUGGCUCUUCAGACCAUCUUCACCUUCAUUCAGGUCUUCUCCGUGUCCUGGUCCAUGUUCACCGUCCUGAUGGUCAUCAACGGCCUGGGACAGAUGUCCAACUACAUGGCGGCAUUAGUACUGGGUGCAGAGAUCCUGACGGGGAAUGCGCGUCUGCUGUACUCGUCGCUGGGAACCUGCUUUGGUUUCGCCGUCGGCUACAUGAUCCUCCCCGUGUGCGCCUACUUCCUCAGGGAUUGGAAGUCUCUCUUACUGGCCUUGUCCCUGCCCUGCAUCGUCUUUUUUCCCUUCUGGUGGUUCAUCCCAGAGUCUCCUCGCUGGCUCCUUUGCCAGGGACGAGUGGAAGAGGCCGAAGCCAUCGUGAGGAAGGCAGCGAGGAUGAACAAAGUGCAAGCACCCGAAGUCAUCUUUGAGGACUACUUAAUUUCCAAAGAUCCGAAGCCCAAAGAAAAGCACAGCAUCCUGGACCUGGUGGCCAAUGUGGAAAUCGGAUUCAUGACAGUCAUUCUUUGCUAUGUGGCGUUCACCAUGUCGUCGGGCUACUACGGCAUCUCCUUCAACACUACGCUUUUGCACAGCAACGCGUACAUCAGCUGUUUCAUCUCAGGGGCCGUGGAGCUGCCGGCGUACGUGGCCAGCUGGCUCGCUCUGCGCUAUGUUUCGCGACGGCUGUCCAUCAUCUGCUCCCUGGUGCUGACCGCCGUGCUUCUCUACGUCCUACAGCUGGUGCCUGAAGAUUACUCUGGUCUGUCGCUCACUCUGGAGAUGGUGGGAAAAUUUGCCGUCACCACCGGCUUUGGUCUGAUGUUUGCCUACACCACAGAGUUGUACCCGACAGCGCUACGAAACACCGCCACCGGGAUUUGCAACACGAUUGCACGAAUGGGAAGCUGCAUCAUGCCGUACCUACUGGAGCUCAGGUUCUACUCUCCAUUCCUACCUUACAUCAUACUGGGCAGUUUGGCUGUUUUAGCUGCCUUUGCCACUGUCCUCCUGCCAGAGAGUUUUGGACAUCCACUGCCUGAAUCUAUCCAACAAAUGCACAAGAGAGAGCGGAUCAAGUGUCCGUGCAUCCCAAAGGCAGAAAUCCCCGUGGCUGUGGUUGUUUCAGAAAAUCUCAAAUCUAAAGAAAUAAGAACUAAUAAUCAUGAUAAAAGUACUGUUGCCUAAGAUUACAAUUGUUUACAGGGCUAAUGAUAUUAGAAAAAAAAAUGUUACACCUUGCGUUGCCUUUUCCUGAUAUUUUACUUGGAAAUAAAUCUUAUCAGGGUGUUUUUUUAAAGUGUAAUUUCUGAUUUUAUAAUAUCAUUGAAUUAAAGUACAGGUACUGUUUACAUAUGCUGAUACUUUUUAAGAAGACAUCAUUGUUCUGUGAGGCCUGGCCACACGCUGCUCGAUGUUCAUGUUGUUCAUGGUACAAUAAUCGUGUUAUUAUUUUAAUGAAUAAUAGUUUAUUAUUAUUUUUGUUACGGUUAUAUGCCAUGGUCAUACUGUAUGUAUGGGAAUGGUCGGUCUUGUGUUACCUUCCAGGGCAUGUGUCGUUUUAUAAGUUUGGAUGUUUUUUUUCCCAGUGCAAACCAUUUGAAAAAAAAUCUCUGAACCAAAAUGGAUCGAUUUUGCUCAGGUGCUGAGAGACGUCAAAGCUAAGUGUUAAGUACAAUCGUCUUAUUGUGUAAACUGUGCAAAUGAGCAAUAUACAUUCCUUGUACACAUAUACUGGAUAUUACUCAGUUGCUUUUGAAGUGAGAAUAAAAACAAACAUUUUGGUUUAACUUGA